CACUUUUCCACAAGAUAACGUUCCCCACCUGCCCCCCGCCUUCAACGACUCCGAAUGUCGCGACGACUGCGACGCGAAGAAUACACGGUAGGAUGGAUAUGCGCCCUGCCCUUUGAGCUGGCGGCGGCGCAGGAGAUGCUCGACGAAGAGCACGACGGCCUUGAGCACGACGGCAACGACGAGAACCUUUACUGCUUGGGGUCGAUUGCAGGACACAACGUCGUGAUUGCGUGCCUACCCGCUAGCCGCAUCGGCAACAACCCUGCGGCGGCUGUGGCGAUGUGGAUGAGGGCGACGUUCAGAGGGAUCCGGUUUGGGCUGAUGGUCGGCAUUGGAGGAGGAGUUCCUAGCGCUGAGGCGGACAUCCGGCUUGGGGACGUGGUGGUCAGCCAACCGCACCAGACCUUCGGCGGCGUGGUACAAUACGACGCUGGGAAGGCGACUCCAACCGGGUUCGAGCGGACAGCAUCGCUGAAUUCUCCGCCACAAAUUUUGCUUGCUGCAGUGGCCAGAGUGCAGGCGAACGAGCUCCGAGGCAGAAGCAAGCUCUCCGACCAUGUCUCCAAGCUCGAGCGUAUUCCUCAGUUUCGGCGCGACAAAGCGGGGCCCGACGUUCUCUUUGAACCUACAUACAAUCAUAGAGGAGGACAAACAUGCGAACUGUGCUAUACCGAUAGGCAAGAGGCUCGGCAGCCGCGCAAGAGCGAUGAGAUCGUGGUCCACUACGGGACGAUUGCAUCGGGAAACCAAGUCAUGCGAGACGGAUACACGCGGGACAGGCAGAGCAGCGAGCUUGGCGGGAUUCUCUGCUUCGAAAUGGAGGCAGCAGGGCUGAUGGACGGCUUCCCGUGCCUCGUGAUCCGCGGCAUCUGCGACUACGCUGACUCUCACAAGAACAAGAGGUGGCAGCCGUACGCAGCGGGAACGGCAGCGGCGUAUGCGAAGGAAAUUCUGUCCCUCGUUCCAACUGCCAAGGUAGCCGAGCAACCUACGAUUGACAACGCUAUGUACCGUGGAGGAGUCUCCGUAUCUCUAACGGAGGCCGAACUAAUCUCUAUACUUGCGGAUCUGGCACGGAAGAAAGGUGAUAACCUAUAUUGGGACCAAUCCAUUGUUGAUCUCCUCAAGUUGCUUAGACUACCCUCUAACUUGGAAGCCCGCAAGUUAUUCGCGGAGAUUCUGCAAAUUCACGUCGGUUCGCUUAGAACGUCUAUACAAAACAUUGCUUUACACAAAGCAAUAUUGAGGAAACUUGCUGCAAACAAUAGAAGGAUACCACCGGAGAUCUCCAUCUGCUAUGCAUGUAGAGAAUCUGGGCACUGCGCAGUUAACUGUCCCAAUAAGUGCUAUGCAUGCGGAGAACUUGGACACUGGGCAGCUGACUGUCAUAAUAAAUGCUACAAUUGGGAUAAAUUCAGCUAUUGGGCAGCGUCAAUUCUUCCGCUAAGUAAGGAGGUAGUUAAAGCUGUAGCAGGGAAUACAGAGAACGGAAUAGGUAUAAUAGCGCGUCUCCUCGAGCAUCGAGGAGAUGAAUUCAACAUUACAGAGGGGGUGGUGAAAGCCGCAGCGGGAAAUACAGAGAGCGGAAAGGAAGUAAUAAUACUUCUCCUUGACAGAAGAGGGAAUAUCCAGAUCACGGAAGAGGUAGUUAAAGCAGCAGCAGGGAAUAGGCGGAGUGGAAAAGAAGUGAUGGUGCUUCUACUAGAUCGAAAGAGGGACGAGAUCCGGAUUACAGAAGGAGCGGUAGUCGAGAUCGCAAGACGGUUUAAUAAAGGAGUGAUGUCGCUUCUACUCGAUCGAAGAGGGAACGACGUCCCGAUCACGGAAGAGCUAGUCAGGGCAGCAGCAGAGAAUUAGCGGAAUGGAAAAGAAGUAAUAGCGCUUCUUCUUGACUGAAAAGGAAACAACGUUCAGGCCACCUCUAUCUCCGAAAUUUCAGAUAUUGUGUCUCCUCCAGUAUCCGUAGUAUUCUCCUUGCAAACCAUGCUCUUAACUGCAAUUACUGGAAACAACCUAGGUACUUAUGCCGAAAUAAAGAGGGC